CGGAGAAGCGUCUAGUACAGCAACAGGCCCGGCGGCUAAUCGGGAGUGGGAUGGGAUGUGACGACGCGACGAGGGCCUGCCACUUCCGUCCUUCUUUUCCUUCUCCUGAACUCGACUGCGUGUCCUUCCGCGAAGGCUGAGGGUCCUUUCUCAUUCUCCCUUCAGCUUCCUGUUCUGCGCUGCUUACCUCGGAACCCCGACCGACCCUUUCUGCGCAUCAAUUAGGCCAGGUUUCUUUCGGUUAGACCAGACCCUAAGAUGGAAUCUAGCGGAAGUCGUCAGGGCAGUCGUUCGCAGGAGGAAUUGUUUCUAGGUAACCCCGCGGGGAGACCGCCUGUCGAAUCACCCGUUAUUGGACCGCUACGAAUCAGCAAAAGAGAGACACCGUCACCCGCCCCGCAGAGUGCGCCUCUUCCUUACCCGGAUGACCGGCUGAGGCACCAGCAAAGGCACAGUCCAAGCCCGACGGCCGAUGGUGGGCGGCUUGGUGGCCCCCCAAUGCCGAUGAACAACAUAGCGGCUAUGCCGGCUGGUUCCGGCACACCAAGGCCCGACUACCCAGCAGCGUUGCGGCCGAGAGAUGGUCGCGAGCCCAAGCAAAUAACCCUGGCUGAGCGACGCGGGAAUGUGCCAAAGCCGUUGCCAGAGUCCCCCGCAGGAGAUGCACCCGAUAGAGAUGGAUUGUUUGCCCGGAAUUACCAACGAGCGCAAGUACCUCCACCUCCCAUGAACGGGCACCGCGGUGAUGGAGAGGCCCGUCAAGAUUACCGACAGGGCUAUUGGCCGCCUCCUCAGCCGGAGGCCUUGCCCGGACACGCAAUAAGACCCGCGCCAGCACAGAAUCUGCAGCCUCCGAACAACGCUAUAAAUCGGAUCAGUUCGACAGCGUCAACCUCUACGACGCGCGCCCAGAGGGGAUCGCCCCCACCGCCGGAAACUCCUAUUGUCGAACCCGGUCAACAGCCGGGAUCCGACAUUGAAGCUCGGUAUGCAGCCUCCGGCAUCGCAGGCACGUCAACCCUGUCUGGAUUACAGGCUCAGAGCGCGGCAGCCCAGAGAAGAGCAGAGCAGUAUGCUGGCCAGCAACCGAGGACUCAGGCGCCAUUUCAGAGGCCAUGGACACCUACAGAACAGCCUGGAACCCAGCCACAUGGACCGCCAACAGUCUACCAGGGCGCUGGGGUUAUUUCCACGGAGAAUCCCCCAGACCAAUCCUACACACCUCAGCCAGUUUCAACUCCAUCGCAUGUCUCCUCAGCCCAGCAGCCUGCGAGAAUCCCUCCUAAUGCUCUGGAGCAAGACUUGGAACGAAUGCGCAUCAGUUCCUCCCCUCCCCCUGCUUACUCAAGUGUAUCCGGAUCGACUGCCGCCCAGGGAUACUCGAGUGAAAAACAACGUGUAACUGCACCGACUGGCCAGUCGGCCCCGGCGGCAGUACAUCCGGCAACAUUGGCUCCCGAAAAUGGCGCCGCGCCUUCUUCCUCAACGCAGGAUCACCCUGCUUUUGCCAAUGAUCCGCGACAACAGCAGCCAUCGGAACAAUCACCGGCAAAUGACAUCGAGGAUUCGCAGGGAGCGCAGAAUAGUCAUCAACCGACGAUUCAGCAGACCCAGGUCAAUGCAUUGGCGACUCCUUCAGGCAUCCCACCAGCAUCACCCCCACCUCUUCCGGAGGGCUGGAUUGCCCAUUUAGACCCUAAUUCGGGACAAUAUUACUACAUUCACCUUCCUACGCAGUCAACCCAAUGGGAAUUCCCCAAGGGUCCCACGCCAUUGAACCUAAACGAGACGCCAUUGUCCCCGGUUGGAAGCGUUUACAGCAGUCAUCCUCUAUCUUCGCCCGGCUUGUCGGCGUUCAGCAAGCCACUGACCUCUCCUGGUCUCCCCAUGACUCCCGGGUACGAGAGCCUGCAAUCCCCCGUGGUAGCCGGGUUUACUGGUCCACCACCAAGUAGCGGUGUCGACUUGUAUAAGGUAGCGCCGACCAACGGCGUAUAUUUUGGCCCGUAUCUUCGCUAUACGAAUAUGGACGUGGAGCGUGGGGUCUGGCUCGGCUCGAUCCUGUUGGUCACCGAUGCUGGACAGCCGCCGACAAUUCAUAUGCACCAAAGCGUUGAUCUUUCUCCCAAUCCCCGGCAACUGAAGCCGCUUGCCAUUGCCGUCCAUCAGCGGUGGACUUUUUACAAGUACGAUGUUGACUGUCACAUGGACGACUCUGGUCCUGCAAAAUGGACGUACGCGAUUACGUCGCACCUGGGAUGUACCCGCUACGAGUUUUUGGUGGCUGGGCGACAUGAGACCAACUGGCGUUUGAUCACGACUUCUGGAAAUGACUUCUCACUCAAUGUGAAUGCAAACGAGCGAUCACGCUUGGGAGGGGCGGGAUUGAUGUGGAAAGAUAUCAUGCAGAAGCACAACGAGAUCGGAGGCUUUCACGCACAACUAUCUCUUGGAGGUCAGAUCUAUGCGGAUCGAAUGUGGAAAGAGAUCCCAUCCCUUAAGCAAUGGCUUACGAUCAAGGGCAAGGAAGCCAGGAAAACCGCGUCGUGGACUGCAGCCCACGAGGAGGAUGUUUCUCAUGCGUACUUCCAUUACUAUACCAGCCACUUUGACCAGCCGUACUUGAGGGAGUCAUUCGCACAGAUUCCCUACAUCUGCCAAAUCGAUGACCACGACAUAUUUGAUGGGUUCGGGUCCUAUCCUGAGCACAUGCAGUUCUCAAAUAUGUUCAAGAACAUAGGUCGAAUUGGAAUAGAAAUGUAUCUCCUUUUUCAGCACCAUACGACGUUAGAGUUGCUCCGCAAUGUCAGUACAGACACCGAUCUGUUCACCAUCACUGGAACGGGCUGGCAUUACGUCAAAUAUCUCGGGCCGGCGGUGGUCGUUGUCGGCCUCGAUUGUCGAUCAGAAAGGAACCCUCACCAGGUUGUGGCGGGGGCUACGUACCAGGGGAUCUUCCCCAAGGUCGCAGUGCUACCGCCAUCUGUACAGCAUUGUUUGUGGAUGAUCUCGCUGCCUAUCAUCUACCCCCGACUGGAAACGGCCGAGCAUAUCGCCCAUACGGUUGCUACCGGCAAACGGGCGGUCACGGGAGCCUAUAAUGUACUUGGGAAGGUAACCAGCUCCGUGGCCGGCGUGGUUGGCGCAAAGGAUAUGGUAGGCUCGGGGUUCGAUUCGGUCAAGCGUGCUGUGGGUAAAUCGGGGCUUAUGGGCGGCAUACUAAGCCCUUUUGGUGAAUUUGACAUGCUUGAUGAGCUUCGAGAUCAGUGGACGCAUGAAUCCAAGAUACAGGAUCUUGAGCGGACGUACUUCAUCCGGACUCUGCAGGGAAUCGCACAUCAGAAGUCCCUGCGCAUGACUUUCCUCUCCGGCGCGGUCAACGUCUGUGGUGCAGGCUUGGUGCACGACCCUGCCCAUCCCUCCGACCAUAAGACGAUGUAUCAAAUCAUUUCCUCGGCCGUGGUGAACAGUCCCCCUCCUUCGUACAUCAUCAAACUUCUCCACGGGAGCAACAAACCGCUUUACGUUCCUGCCAACGGCCACCGCUCCACACCUUCACAGCCCACCGACACGAAGGAGGAUAUGAUGGAGAUAUUUCAAUCUGACGUGACAGGGCAAUCCCGAGAGCACCGGAAAUUGAUGGGCCGUCGAAAUUAUGCCGCCAUAGUCGCCUACGAUCCGGACGCCGUCAAUCCGAUGUACAACCAGCCCGCAGUCGGCUUUGGGGGCAGUAAGCUUAACCUGGCCGUGGAUUUCAUGGUCCAGGGUGAAGGCACGUAUGGAACCGUGGUCAAGUACGGUCCAGUCAUUGUUCCCAGUCUGGAGCACGGGAAAUAAAAAGGUGUCGGCUUGGGACAAUCGUCGUUUCGUUCUUCAUCCUUAUCCUACUUCUUCACAUUCGAGUUUGGUUGGGUCCUGUUUCUGUCCUUUCUUUCUACCAUUAUUCUUUACCUGCAUUCUUCACCUCUCUAUCAUCGAGGGUUUCACUUUCUCUGAAUAUACAAUUGUUUGGGAGUGGGUAUUAUUAGGUAGCUAGUUUGGCUCCUCGUCCAUGCCUUGAAUAUUGCCUCCAAGUAUUUGGUCAUCCCAUCUUUUUUUUUUUUUUUUUUGGUCCACCCCGUUAAAUUCCGUCUUAAAAG